AUGCACGAUGGUAAACGUUCCAUAAUACAUUUACUGGAUGGACAACAACUGGAGCUUACCAUUCAACCACGAUUAACUGUCCACGAAUUGUUGAAUAUUAUUGCCAGCCAUGUGGCCUUGAAAGAUGCUGACAAACAGUACUUUGGACUAGCAUAUGUGGACCACCUCGAACAGUAUCAUUGGUUACCCACGGAUAGACGGGUCUUGGAGUAUGACAUCCCACGAAAAUCUCAUCAAUUACAUGCCGUCUUGGAGUUGCACCAUAGCGUAAAGUUCUUCGUUGAUUCAGUACUCACCUUGUGUCAUCCAUCGGCUAUUGAGCUCUAUUUUUUGGAGACAGCCAAGCGAUUAUUAAAGGGUUUACUGGAAUUCACUGAUCUGGAAUAUUAUAAAAUUGCAUCCAGCUUCUUACAAAUAUAUUGUGGCAAUUAUGUAAGUGAUGAAAAGGCACGAUCUAUACUAACGGAGCUUGUACCAAUUCCAAAUGAGGUGCUGCACACGUACGAUGUAUCAUUAGAGGAUGUUGAAAAGAAUGUGAUCGAAUUGUACAAGGAUCUCAGUGGCGUACCCAAAGGAGUUGCAAUUCUAAACUUUUUACAAACUGCUGAAAGAUCUUCAACUCAUGGAUGCCACUUUUAUCAAGUGCGGGACAAAGCUGGUCAGCCGUGGACUGUUGGUAUCAACAACAAGGGGAUAUUUCAGUAUGACCCAGCUGAUAUCUCCAAACCGAAAAAAAUUUUCAACUGGUCUCUGUUGGACAAUCUCUAUUAUCGGGAUCGGAAAUUCUCAAUCGAAGUACGGAAUACACGAGUUAUUCAAUCAUCUGGCAAUGCAAACAGUAUUUUGGAUAGUACGGGUUAUUUGGAUUCAGAUGAUGAGCUCACAGAAGCUGUAAGAGAUCCCACAACUCAAGUGUCUGUAUCCAGACGAUCAGUUGCAUCUUCUGCUGUACAAGUGCAUGCUUUCUAUUGCGACACUAACUUUUUGUGCAAAACAAUUUGGUCAACAGCAAUCUCACUCCACCAGUUUUAUUUGGAUCAGCGGACUUGUGCUAGUGCCAAUAUAGAACGGAUGCGUCGAACUUCAUUAUUUUUCAAUGGCAUUAGUCCUGUUUCCAGAAUUUUUAUUGAUGUUUUUGCAGUUGAGUAA